CUCUUCGAUCAACUCGGAAGCGAUAUGCAGCGGCAGAGUAUACAUUUCAAACACCAGUCUCUCCUCUUUAAAGAAGAUCUUCUUUCACACCAUGGGAGUAAGGUUCGAGCAGCAGCGUCGUCUCUGUUCAUAAGCACAUCUGCCACAACAUUUUCUUGGGCGAUCACUCGAUCUUCUUUAUUUCGUACAACUUUCGACUUCUCAGAUCUCAAUCAUGUUCGGCUGUGUACUCUGCAAUCAUCGCGAACCCAGAAUCCAAUUCUCGCUGCAAGAAAAAAUCGAAGAAGGAUUGGGUGGGAAAGAGCUGCAAAAACUGCCGUCCAAUACGUUGCGGUUAUUGCAUCUAAUUUGAAAGUCUUACCCGAACCGCUUGAUGUUGUUAUCAGAGAAGUUUUUGGAGUAGGAAAUGGCGGAGGAUCUGGGAUUUGGAAAGGAUUUGGAGGAGGAUUUGAGGGAUGGGGAAGGAGGAGAUGGAGGGUUAAAUUUGGGCUUUUCCGGUUGUUGGGUGUUUGUGCUUUGAUGAUUAUGUUGAGUAAUAGAAGGAAACCUGAGACCGAUUUGGCCUGCGGAGUUUUAGGGCUAUUUCUGUUAGGAUCUUUGGUUUGGGAUUGCCAGAAGGCGAUGAAGGGGUGGGUUUUGGGGUUCUGCUCUUGUGCUCUGAUAGUGAUUUUGGGGUUGAGGAGUGAGCAUUUACACAUACGCUUUAAAGAUUUAAGGGUUCGCUCUCCCUUCGUAAAGAUUGCCAGGGCAAAGAGAAGAUGA